UAAUUAAAUUUAUUUAGAAAUUCUUUGAUUUAUUCGUCAAUAUUAAAACCAACCAAACAAACAAAGAAAGUUUUAUUGACGCAAUGAAUCCGUACAUUUUAAGAGUUUAGAUUUAUCUGAAACUUUAGUAUCAGCAGCCAGCCAUGGAUUCACCGAAACAGGAGGAUCAUUAUGUAACAUCGAUAACUGAGGAUCACGAGACAACCUGUUGGGGAUGUGGACUGCGCCUUAUUAUUGCACCUUAUGCCCCCGUUUUCAAGUGCGGUUGGUGUGGAGCCAUUACUAAUAACAAUGCACGUAAAAAGGAAAAUAAGUAUUAUUGGUGGAGACGUCUUCGAGACAGAUGUUUUGUUAUUAUUCUUUUGCUAUUCAUGCUUUUCAUUAUAGGUAGUGGUGUGUGGGCUAUAUAUCCUAUUGUAUUUUCGAUGAGCUUUUUCUGUGGUGUUUUCCAUUUGACUGUAACGUGUAUCUUGUCAAUAAGUACCCUUUCGACGUAUGUUCUUGCUGCAUUCCGGUCUCCUGGUGCUCCACCGCUUAUAGCAUGGGGCAGCUACCCAGCCGUGGGAAGAGGUGGUCUUGCGGAUUACAACUUUUGUCAUGUAUGUUCAAAGCCAAAGCCUCCCAGCACUCAUCAUUGCAGUUCAUGUGGAAUGUGUGUAAUGAAUAUGGAUCAUCAUUGCCCAUUUAUUGGUAAUUGUGUUGGUGCGGGUAAUCAUCGAAGCUUCAUCCUCUUCCUUAUCUCUGCAGUCACCAGCACUUUCUAUGUUUCUAUUGUAUCAUCAUAUGUCGCAUAUCAUAUAUGGCCGCCAUUACGACACAUUCCCACAACUGUUUUGACUAGGUCAACCAUUUUUGCAGUGCUCAAAGAAAGUGCGAUCCCUUUUCUUAUAUCUGUGGAGUCUCUACCCAUCAGAGGUUUUGUACUCAUUUACCUAUUCUUUGCCAGUGUUUCUGUUGAAAUUGGUUUAGCUGUGCUUUUAUGGCAGCAACUCUGCUACAUAUAUGAAGGUAAGACGUAUUUGAGUCACUUAAGUUCAAGUUCAAACGGAAAUGAUGAGGUUGAGGAAAAAGACUGUCAAAAUCUUGUUAGGUUUUUUGGUUGCCCUUAUUCUGCAACUAGAUGUGUACUUAGUUUUUGGAAUUCUAAGAAGAGACACAAGAAGUGAAUACAGAGUAAUACCAACUAUAUAUCCUCUAGAGCAGGGGCGGAUCUAGAAAGAUUUUAGGGUAUGCAUGUUUAUUCAUAAUUUCAUUGUAGUGUAAAAGUAAAUUAACACAAAAUAUUUUUAACUUCUAUACAUGUGAAUUUUGUUUUGGU